AUCCAGAGCUAAAGAACCGUUUUGUGCAUUUCGAAACCUUUGUCUCUGAGUAUUUGAAAGAUUUCGAGAGGGAUAGAAGAAAAGUUCAGUAAAUUUAAAAGCCCCUUUUCGCGAUAGUCCAAAACCCUUUCUCCAUUUCCGCCAUUGUUACACCUCAAAUCCUUCAGUUCUCUUUAGUAAAGCGGAUUUUGCAGAGGAUUUUGAAGAAUGAGCGGCGCUUCGAAGUUCAUUAAAUGCGUUACUGUUGGAGAUGGAGCUGUUGGGAAGACCUGUAUGCUUAUUUGUUACACUAGCAAUAAGUUCCCUACUGACUACGUUCCCACAGUGUUUGACAAUUUCAGUGCCAAUGUUUCUGUGGAGGGGAAUAUUGUCAAUUUGAGAUUAUGGGACACUGCAGGUCAGGAAGAUUAUAGCCGGCUAAGGCCUUUGAGUUACAGAGGUGCAGAUGUGUUUGUACUAGCUUUCUCAUUAAUUAGUAGAGCCAGCUAUGAGAACAUCCUCAAGAAGUGGAUGCCUGAACUGCGUAGAUUUGCGCCCAACAUUCCAAUCAUUCUAGUUGGAACGAAGCUCGAUCUCCGUGAGGACCGACGAUAUUCAAAUGAACAAACUGGAUACAACGUCAUUACAUCUUCCGAGGGUGAGGAGCUGAGGAAACAAAUUGGUGCUUCGGCUUACAUUGAGUGCAGCUCCAAGACACAACAGAAUGUCAAAGCUGUAUUUGAUACUGCCAUUAAGGUUGUUCUGCAGCCUCCGAGGAGAAGCGAGAUCAUGAAGAAGAAAAGGUGUCGAGGACCAAGCUGCUCGUUCACGAGCAUCAUUUGUGGAGGGUGUGCUGCCUAGUACACGCGGUGCAGCUGCUGAGUACACGCCGUGCUGCGGCCGAGUACACGCCGUGCUGCUGCAAGCUCUGAGUAAUCCUAUUUUGUGGAGGCUAAUUCAUGACUAGCUUUCUGUGUAUUUGUUGAUCCGUUUUGUGGCUGCAUUAGCUUUAGGUUGUAGUGGAAGACAACUUGAAAAUUAGGGAAUUGUUCAUUCUCUCAAGAACUUAAGGUAUAUAUGUCUCGGUCGUCCUAUAAUAUUGCGUCGAUUUGAUAUGAAACAUCCACUCGAGGCUAGAAAACACGUACUUUAUCUGUAGUUAUUAAGAUUGAUGAAUCUUACACGAUAGGUAAAUGAUAUGGAUUCGAGA